AUGGGAACCAAGCGAGCAUCAGACGCGGGCGGCUCCCAGACCACAAAACGAGCCAAAAAAGAACCGAAAGAACCGUGCGAGAAGAAGCCGGAUGAGACGAAUACGAAGCAAAAUGAAGAGAAUCGACUACAUAUUCAAUUCCAGCUUAUCCAGCUCCAGAGGCUUACUCAAGAUCUACUCGCCCAGUCCGAUCUCAUUGAAAGCGUCGAGAAGGACAACAGCAAGGGUAUUAUGAAAGGAUUGAAACGUAUACAUAAAGCAUUUGCAAGCUCGGAGACACCGUCAUUAAACCACACUAAGCAGUUACGGCUUCCGUCGAUGCCUAGCGAACCGCAAACACCGGCGCGUAUCCCGGAGGAUGCGACUCUGCCUCUUCUACCUCCCAUUAAAGACGAGACCCUGAAAUCUGCAGUAUUCACACAUACAGGCAUUGUGGAGCGAGGCCCAGGAUCCGUUUCAUCCUCAGAGAAGACGUACGACAGAUUAGAAGUUCUAGGAGAUGCUUACAUUGAACUUAUAUCGACCCGGUUAAUAUGGGAGAAAUUCCCUACCCUGCCCGCUGGUAAAAUAGCGCAGGCCCGCGAGACUAUGGUGAAAAAUGAGACACUAGCUCAGUAUGCAACGGCAUAUGGCUUUGAUAAGCUGUUAAAGACUUCCUCAGAUUAUCGAAAUCAUCCAAAACGGUGGAUAAAAAUCAGGGGUGAUGUGUUUGAAGCUUACGUUGCCGCAGCAAUUAUCUCAGACCCUGAAAACGGCCUUCGAGUGGUAGAAAGCUGGCUAACACAGUUAUGGCUGCCCAAGCUUGCAGAAGUGAGGCUUCCCGUACCACCAGCAGAACGAGGGCAGAACGGCAACAUAACUUUCAAAGAUAAGCUUUCAGCUACGGUUGUGAGUAAAGGGAUUAAGCUACAGUACAUUGAUGAGAAGCCUCCCGUGCGUGAUGGAGGGUUGGUCACUUCUUUCAUUGGUGUCUAUCUUACUGGAUGGGGUUAUGAGAAGAAACACCUAGGCUCUGGAAGUGGAUUGAGCAAGUCGGAGGCUGGUAACCAAGCCGCAAUUCGUGCUCUGAACAACCGGCCUCUGAUUGAUGAAAUCAAUGCCACAAAACGAGAAUUUGACCAAAAGACAGCAGCUCUGAGGGCCGCAAGCACGGCCUCAGAGGCGACUUAA